AAACAACGUUAAGAUAUGUGAAAGACACUACUUAGCGAAAACAAAACUUAAAAUACAACUAAAAAAAAACGGAGUAUGUUUCCGGCAAGGGGGUAUAUGCUCAGUGUGCUAACUGUUAAAAUACCACUGGUCCAUCUGCCUAGCUGUUAGUUUUGGCUAACUUUUAGCAUAGUUUGCUAACUCAACGGAAAAGUAGUUUUCAGAGAUGCACUGUGUCGUGACGGGAGGAAACGUGAAAGUGUUGGCCAAAGCGGUCCAUUCUCUGUCCAGGAUCGGCGAUGAGCUGUAUGUAGAGCCUCAGGAAGAUGGGCUGGCCCUGCGGUCUGUCAACUCCUCUCGGUCGGCAUAUGCUUGUUUCCUGUUCGCACCACUCUUCUUUAGCAGGUACUCCAUUCCCAAUGGACACACCUUCCGCUGCAAGAUGGCAAUAAAGAGUGUGCAGGCUGUGUUCAGAUCUCUGGCAACCCUGGAGAAGACCGUGGAAAAGUGUCACAUCGAGCUGGAUGAACAAAAGGACCGGCUCACUUUCACUCUGCACUGCAAACAUGGCCUCCUGAAGACACAUAACCUGUCUUUCCAGGACAGUGAAAGUUUACAGGCAGUGUUUGAUAAAGACAGCUGUGCCAACGUAUUCAGAGCCCAGCCCAGGUUGCUGGUCGACACAGUGGUGCACUUCCCUGCGUCUUUGGAAGAAGUGACUGUAUCAGUGAGCGAUGAACGGAUGUGGGUCAGGAACCAUGUGGAGGAAGAAGCAGAGCAGUCCAAGGUCAUGUUGACAGAGCUGUGUCUGGCUUCAGACGAGUUCGACCAUUUUGCCGUCAAAGCUCACAGCAGCAUCACCUUUUGUCUGAAGGAAUUACGGGGUUUGUUAGUGUUUGCAGAGUCCACUGGUCUCCCUGUUUCUAUGUACUUUGAUGAGCCAGGAAGCCCUGUGGUGCUUUCAGUAACAGACAGCGUCCUGGAGGGAAACUUUGUGCUGGCCACACUUUCCGAAGAUCCCAACCUUCGUAAAAACAACAGUAAAGGAGCACACACACAGCCCCCGCCCCCUCCAGAUGACUUCAUGAAUGACGACAUAGACUCCUAUCUAAUCGCCAUGGAUACCAGUAUUGCGCCAGGUCCCUCGGCUACAGGUCCUUCCACAGCCUCAUUAGCUGAUUCCACGUGUUCAAAACAGUCUGCUGCUGCCACUCUCAGGACAAAGACACACAGAGAGGAGGAGGAGGAAAACACAGAGGAAGAUGAAACAGAUGAUUCAGAAAGACCACCUAAUAAGAAGUUCCGUUCCCUCUUCUUUGGAUCGGUACUUCCCCUGUCCUCUCAGAUGAGCACUCAGCCAGUGAUGUGCCAGGAGGUGUUGGCCAGUGACAGUGAGGACGAAAGUCAAGUAGAGUAAACGUGGACUGAUGGGCGAGAGGAGAGAAAUAGACUGAACUGACAGCAGGAGCACUGUUACACCGUGACACCUGGAAUACUUGAAACUGAGGACAUGGACAUCUUGGAUGCUAAUUUUCAUUAUUGUUUGCCACCUGGACCUGGUUGAUAUGCAGAGUUCGUCAGUGCAGAAAUGGUGCAUUCCACAUGAUCACUGGAUUAUAAUGUUCAUGGUGGACUUGAAAGUCUGGGAUAAUGUGAAACACUUCUAGUUUAUGUUUGUUUGGACUUUGCCCGCUUUGUAAUCAAGAUGCAGCGUAUUAAGUCCCAACAAAUAAACAAACUUAUUUUUCAAAGUA